AAGCUUCAAAGAUGAAAACAGAAAAGAAGCCCAGCGAACCAAGUUGCGUACCAACCACUGUUGUCAAAGAGGAACCAGACGCAGACCCAGUCAAGAUUAAGGAAGAAGGUACCGGAGGUAAUAAUGAUGAUACAACUGGAGAAGACACAACAGAAUGUCCUAGAGAUUCGUGUUUGGAUCCUUCCAAUGGUGAAAGUACAAUAGCGGGUGAAAAUCAAAACAGUAGUGCAAAUCAACCAAUUUUAAAUUCAGUGAAACAAGAAGGCGAUCAUAACAAUCCUACGGAUGAUAUACCUGAUUGUAGCGGUAAUGUGAUCACUGCUGAUGGUAUUCAACCCCUAGUUAGUAAUGUUCUUGGCAAACAGAUGGGAACUAGUACAGGAAGCGGUGAAGCUCAAUAUAUGCAACAACAAAGUCAAAUUUUUGUAUUUUCUACAACAUUAGCAAAUAAAGGUGCGGACGCGGUAUUGCAGGGGCAAUAUCCGUCAAUAAUUGCUUAUCAUUGUGCGCAACCAGGCACUAAAAAAUAUUUAGAGAAACAUCCGAAUAAGGUAAAUCAAUUUCGUCAGAAUCCUGCACAAUGGUUAAACAAUCUUGCAAUGAUGAAACAGAAAGGUCAUCAAGGAACUACAAAUAACACUUUUCAAAAUGAACAACCUCCCGAUCUACCAGCUCUUGACCCUAAUGCACCUCCAUUCUGGAAUGAACAACCUAAUUUAAGAAACCUGAAUGGUGGCAAUUCCCUUGGUAAUUCUGAACCAUCCCUGGAUGAUGCAAAUAUAGAUGUGCCUUGUCUUGUACCAAAUUCACCUGGAAAUUCAGCAAAUCCACAACCUCCUAAUAGUACUACAAUGGGCCACAGUCCCAAUUUAUUAGGAGGUACUACAAGUCCAGGCCCAGGUAGUUUGCAACCAUCACUGCAAGGUGUUAAAGUUCCAGAUGAAAAUUUAACACCGCAACAAAGACAACAUCGAGAGGUUCAGUUAGCGACAAUCAGAAAAAUGCAAAUGAUGUUGUUUCCUGAACAUAAAGAGGAAGCUGGAAACGCGUUAGACGCGACACAAGGAACAGCGGUAUCAUCGUGUCCUUCAACAAACGUUCCUUCAGUACCGACUCAGUGCCCUCCAACUAUGGAUUGGCAUAAGUUGCAACAUCAGUUUCUUGAUGGAAAAAAUAAGACCAGUGUUGCAAGUCCUGGAACUGGAGUUCCAUUACGUGGUGCUAAUAUGGUAGGAGUACCACGUAGCCAAGGUCCGCCACCUCCGUAUCAUCAAACGACUCGGUCCGCGAGCGUGCCGAUCGCGAUACAAAGCCCGAAUCCUUCCUCGCCUAACAACCCAACUAGUAACUUAUCGUUACCGUCACCUCGCGCGAGUUCAGCUUUAAAUUCACCCGCAGAUUGCAAUAGACAAUUUCAACUUAGCAAUCAAAGAACGAGCCAUUUACCAGGACAAAGUCCCACCAGUCAAGAUUCUCCAAAUCCGACAGUAGGAAAUGCGUCAGGUGUAUCAACGACGAGGCUAAACCACAGCAAUCCAGGGACGCCCGUUUCUCAUUCGCACAUCUCGACGCUUAGUCCAAGCGGAACGAAUGCUCAAAAAGAUUCGUCUUUAGACUUUCCCACCGGUCAACCUCCAAAUGUGGAUGGUAUGUUUUGCCGCACGCUGCAAUCCUUAGCCCAGCAAAAGCAGCAACACACCGGAGGAGUGAACGCUGCAGGAGUUAAGGAGGCGAACCUGAUGCCAGUUCCAAGCCCUCAACAAAUUCAGUAUCUUAAUACUUUUGAAGGACAGGAAUUAACUAUACAGAAACAACCAAAUACAAGUCUUAAGGAUGGAAAUUUAUCUACAAACACGGCUAGCAAUACAGAGAUGUCCAACAGGAUUCUAUCAGGAAAUAUGGACAACAGUAACCAGUUCCCUGCCAGAUCGGAAGGUGCGAGUCCUGUUCAGAUGGACAGCAUGAAUCGCGGCUUCACAGGCUCGUUACACAGUCCUCACACUCCUCACACUCCGCAUACACCUGGUAACGGUGCUCCGCAUACUCCAGCCGACCCUGGGAAACCUGGAAACAAGUCAAGUGCAAGUGCACAGAGUAGCCCAGCGCACAAUGCAAACAUCACAGACAGUAUGGGUCCCCCCAGAACGGUACCAGCAUCACCUACUACAAAACCUGAUACAUCUCCGCCUUCCAAGGUGGAUAAUCAACAGCAGUCAACACAGUCUCAACAACAGCAACAACAAUCACAACAACAACAACAACAACAACAGCAGCAGCAGCAACAGCAACAACAGCAGCAGCAACAGUCCCAACAGCAAUCGCAGCAACAACAGUCCACAGUCUCAAAUCCAAGUAAUUCUGCGAACAACUCGGUGGUAACUCCGUUAGGCGGUCCAACCGGUGCCUUCCCUUGUGGAAGACCUUCUAUAAGCGUGAGUCAACCUUCAGACAAUGUGCCUCUUAAUCCAAACAAUAUCGGAGGUCGACUCGGCAAUCUAACAGCUAUGAGUACAAAUCACUUUGACCCUAUAACUUCGUUGGCUCAGAUGAGCCAACAGCUCACUAACACGGCAACUAGUAAUUCGUUGGGUAACGAAGGACCCAUUCAUUCGGGCAACACUGGAAUGAUACAAUUUGGCAAUCCGCACGGUAUGCACAUGAUGCAAAUGAGCAACGAAUUAAAUGGAAGUUGUCACAUGGCUGGUUCGAGUAGCGAGCCAGGUGAAGUAGGGGGUAUGUGCAUGGGCCUUGCGGGGCCACCAACUAGUUAUAGUCCUACGACAUCGCACACGGGUAGCCCUGGUGUACCUAGUAAAAUGGGACAUCCUAUAAUGGGCCACGGUAUGAUGAGUAGUCACUCGGGUAAUGCAGGCGGUGGUUACCCGGCCGGCGAUCCUCACGCGCCGCCUCCACGAUUAAUGACGGGACACGUUACCGGUCCUAGCCCCUACAACGGAGCGAACGUUCAAGUGAAACCCAGCGCUCCGAAUACGAUACAAUACUUACCGGCGAGGCCGAAUGUUGGUCACACUCCCAGAGGGCCGCCAAGUUUGGACUUCCUUCAACGAUUCACCAAUCCGUUAACUAAUUUAGAAUCAAAAAUGGCCGCACCCUCUGUAAAUCUUCAGUACUUCCCAAACGGUUGUGUACCGAACAGCAUGGGCCCGCAUAGCGGCAUGCCGUCAGCCAUGAGCGGUGGACUUCCUGGCAUGGGUGGAUCUCCAAGGAUGGAUGGACAAUCGAUGAACGCGUCGGUUGGUGUACAUCCAUCGAUGCGACCGGUCGGUAACAUGAGACCCCAGCCUAAUUUAAUGCGAAUGCAGCACAUGGUUGGCGGAGGUGUCUUUCCAGGCGGUUCGAUGGAUCCGGAUAAAGUCUUCCCACCUGACAUGGUAUCACAAGUUCCCAGCCAGCCGAAUCCUGGCAUGUACGUGUCGGGUAGUAAAGGCAGCCCGAUGGGAUUAGGACCUCCCCCCGACGCGACUCAACCAUUACCGCCAAGCAUGGGUGGUGCUACUAGUAAUUUUAAAAACAGCCCAUUUGUUGGUAGUGGACCUAGUAUGUCGGAUCCAAAUUAUGCUCAACAAUUUCAUAACUUCCAGCAACAGCUUUACGCUACUGGUACCAGGGGUAGCGGACCACCGCAUCCUAAUUUACAUCCGCCGCCGAAUUCGCAUUCUCAUCAGCAGUUUUUCAUGCCGAAAUAAAACUUAUCUUGAUCGAUAUAUAUAUAUCGUAAUAUGGUGAUGAUUACAAUUGUGGUGGCCUUUCUGUGUCCUUUUUGACGAAUUGCGUUUUACCAGAGACUAAAGUUUCAUUGCGAGGACGAAGAAUACACAGACACAUACACACGGGACAAGAAAACACACAGAAACAUACACACACACACAGAACAGGUACACGUUUCAGAGAAUGUAAAACUUUAUUAAAAUUACGCGAUCUUGUAAAGGACUAAGAAGUCAAAUUUGUUAAGGUUCUAAUGUUGAUGUGAUGAUAAUUAUCGAAUGAUAACCAUUUUUAGAUGAUGGUUGUCGAGACUGGCGUGUAACGAGAUUUCUCGUUCAAUUCUUUAUUUACGGUGUUGUUUAUGUAUGUGUUAUAAUCAAUAAGCGUUUUAAUUCAUAAAUCUCAAUGACAUUUUUAAUGUCUCGCGUCUUCAAACAAAAUCUGUUCCAUCGUCUUAGAGAUAUCGUUUUUUUUUGUAUCACAAUUAUCUCUCUCUGUAAAUUGGAAACAUAUAUUUUAUCGCGUAUACCUUACGCGAUUCGUGUAAAUACUAAUGUAAAAUCUAAUUUCUUUGUAGUAAUCGUUAUUUCGUCGAUCGGAAUAUACGAUAAAUCGUUGCUAGAGACUUUCGUGGAUCAGAAAAAUGAGAGAAAGAAACAAAAAAAAAAAAGGCAAAGCGUCUCUUCUUCCUUUAUUCGAAACAAUUACUCGUGAUAAAAGUAAUUGUGCCGAGAAUUCAUUGAGAAAAAUAUUUCGAAGAAAGAUAUGCCGGUGAAAUAAUUCAUCCUUCCUUUUUAUCACUAAAUACUUAAACGCAGUCAAGCAAGCUCAAAUUCAUAAUUGUACAUAUAUACGAUAUAUAUAUAUAUAUAUAUAUAUAUACAUAUUAUAUAUAUAUAUACCUGUUGCAACAUACUCCUUACAGUAUCGCCCGUCCCUUUAAUUCCCUUCACCGAUCCCUCGUGACCAACACUGUGCAUAAUCAUGACCCCAGGUAGUUUAACGAUUAUAAGAGAAAAGAAUAAUUGACUAAGAACAAUUAUGUUGUUGAUGAAUGAUUUUUAUUAUAAAUGAAAAAUAAAGAUAUUUACAAGAA